CCGCAGUGAUCCCCUCACUGCUCUGCCUCACUCACUGCCUCACUGACUGACUACUGACUGUCUGAGGAAGAAGAGGAGCUACACACUGAGAGGAUUUACACAACUUUAUCUCUGUUAUUCCCACUCUUGUCUCUGCUUGAUAGUCUGCUCGGUUCAUCCAGCUGCAGCAUGAAGGAGAGGAGACUAACUCAGCCGUGUGUAGCGAGGUGUAAGCUGGUGCUGGUCGGGGACGUCCAAUGCGGUAAAACUGCGAUGUUACAAGUCCUGGCCAAGGACUGCUAUCCAGAGACUUACGUCCCCACUGUGUUUGAGAACUACACCGCCUGUCUGGAGCUUGAAGACCAGCGUGUUGAGCUCAGCCUUUGGGACACAUCAGGUUCUCCAUACUACGACAACGUCAGACCCCUCUGCUACAGCGACUCAGAUGCAGUGCUCUUAUGCUUUGACAUCAGCCGACCAGACAUAGUAGACAGUGCGCUGAAGAAGUGGAAAGCAGAGAUCCAGGACUUCUGUCCCAGCACACGGAUCCUACUAAUAGGCUGCAAGACUGACCUGCGCACAGACGUUUGCACGCGCAUGGAGCUGUCCAAUCAGAAACAGACUCCCGUCGCCCAUGAACAGGGUUCGUCCUUGGCCAAGCAGCUGGGAGCCGAGGCUUACCUGGAGUGCUCAGCCUUCACGUCAGAGAAGAGCAUCCACAGUGUUUUCCGUACUGCGGCUCUGGCCUGCAUGAACAAACUCCAGCCUGCCAAUAAACCCAGCCCCGUCCGCCGCCUCUCCAAGAGACUGCUACACCUGCCCAGCAAGACGGACCUGCUCUCCUCCACCUUCAACAAGGACAAGUCCAAGAGCUGCUCCAUCAUGUGAAUACCGCUGAGAACACGCUGGGGAAAUAAAAGAAAGCAAGGACAAGCUCAGCAAAGGGUGUGCAAGGGAAAGAGAGCAAUGGUUUCUACAAAGCAUCUCUCUCCUUUGCAGCAUCCUCCCCAAACUUCAAAAAAAGUUUGCUUCACUCUCUAUAUUCAACUCUGACACUGAACUUUCGAUCAUGACAUAUCACCAGCACACCAGUGCAGAGACAGAGUGGAAAAAUGUUUGAUGUUGAAAAUAUUUCUGAUCUGUUAAAUACACCUGUACAAAGAGAGCAUAGCAGGCACUCACUUAAAGGUUGCUGUGAGAGCUUGAAUAAGGUCAGUGCCUCCUCUUUUCCAAGUGGCUGUAAACACUGCAUUUGACUCCAUUACCCUGAUGAGACCCGUUUGAAAUUCUGAUAGCGAUGCCCUUUCCCAUCCAUCUCUUUCUUUUCUGAAUGUCUCUUUAAGGUCACGAUAUGGGCUGAGUGACGAGAUGAAAUGUAAAAUCUGACAGUGACAGGAAGCGGUGCCUACACAAAAGCGGCUCGGGGAAUUUAAAACAGCAGUCCUUGAAGAUGUUAUUCCCCCGCUGACCCCUCACGGUAUUUCGUUUGGAAAUUAAGGCUGACAGUGGAGGAAAAAAGGGGAGAGAAGGGAGGGAUUUGGCAAAGCAAGAGCGUUCAUUUUGCAAAGGCAAGUCGGAGGACGAACCGAGAGCACGUCUCAAGGAGCGCAGUGUGACUCAGCACUCACACGAGCUACAAAACAGUCCAGGGGUGGACACGCUGUGACAAAACAAACACUAAAUCCUGGGCCAUGUAAAGACCGCCUGAGCAUGUUUUUGUCAGAUCCCCUUUCAUUAGCCAUCACCACACACAUCACAACAUCAUUGUUCAAUGUUAUUAAUCACAAGGCUUGAUUUGGUGAUGUUACAUGAAUGAUGCAUCACCUCACUGUUCCCUGAUACGUUAAGAGCUGCAUGGCAGCUUAUUUCCAGCAAAAACGCAUUUUUUCUUGGUCUUUAAAAGGUUUCUUUUUACACAAGCCCAACUGUUUUUGUACCCAAAGGAGUCAUAGAAAUCUUCUUCUUCCUCUGCCUCAUGGAUAUUUGAUAGUAAUAGUCCUCAACUUUGAACUUUGGACAGCUGAAUAUGGUUAACAGUUAUCCGAGAUGCCUCUGCCUGGAUAAGCUGCAUUAUUAUAACACUAAAUAUCCCUGAGAUGAUAGGUGGGAAGCUUGAAUUGAAUCACACAAACAGGCUGGUCCUGUCUGGAGAAAGAUAUUUUUUCCUUUCCUUUUUUUAAAAAAAACCAACAAAAAGUAUUCAUAACAUUUUCCAUUUAUUAAAUAACUUUUUUUCCUGGAUGUUUCUACUUGCUUGUGGCUGUCUUUGGUGUGUGUUUUUUUUGUAGCUGUUGAUGUUGUAUUCACUUGAGUCUCCUGGCAUUAGCGGCUGUUGACAGCUCGGCUAAUGCAGGACUUGAUGAUUUGUAGGUCUGCACCGAGAAGCCCGGAGUUCUCUGGAUGUACAGAACACUGGAAUUUUAAGUGUUGCCUAGCAACAGUGUGAGCAGGGGCAGCGUGAGUGGGGUCCUCACGGAGAGAGAGAGAGAGGGAGGGAUGGCUCUCCGAGAGGGCGCCUCACCUUUUAUUUGUAGCAUUAGACAGAAGCCACUGCGAAGGUGACGGCUGGACAUUUCAGGGAGCGGCAGACUGCUCAUGAUCUCCACAUGGUUUUAAAGACCCCACGCUGGUAGCAGCCACGAGUGGGUUGUUGGAAACAACGUGCUGUCUUAAGACAUGCCUCUGUAGCUCUGCUUCUUCUUUCAAACAAGCUCCACUUGGUUCAAAUAUACAGCCGUCAUUUCACUUUUUCCUCACUUGCUCGUUUUUUGACAGGCAGACUUGUUUUUUGUUGUACAUAUCCUUCCAAGUAAAACUGUUUAUUAUAAACCCUUAAAAAGAAUGUUACUGAAGCAAAACAAAAUGUUUGUGUCAAGUUGCCUAUUAUGGCUUUAAGUUAUUGACUGAAUUCUGUAUUUGUUAUUGUCAUACGCUACUUUCUUUAAGUCUUUAUUUAAAUAAAUAUGUCUGAAGUUCA